AUGAGAGAGCGCCUCCAUCGUGUACGUAAGGUAGCGGAGUCUUAUCAUAUCACAUCGACGCGAAAGAAAAAACAUAUUACGCUCGUCAAUCGUCGUCGUCGCAGAACCCCCCCGGCCGCGCCUCCAGCGCCUCCUCGAUCUCCGUGUCGUACUCCGACCACUUCCCGUCCCUCCCUCCUCCCAACCACUCGCGAUCGCCUCGCUCCGGCCGCACGACGCAGUACUCGUCCGGCGGCGGCGUCUCCGGCGACCCCCACGUCCACUCGUGCCGCCGCUUCAGCCGUUGACACAACUUCCCCAUCGCGAGGAUGA